AUGAACGCCACUACAGGACACUACUGCUACGAGCAUUACUCGACUGUUUUCACUGUACGGCUGAGCACAGGUCUCAAAGUGCAUUGCUUAACAAAGCUCGGCAACAAGUGGGCCAAGAUUGCCAGUUGCUUACAUGGACGCAUCGACAAUGAUGUCAAGAACUUCUGGAGCACCAGGCAAAAACGGAUCCUGAGAGCUCUGCAACGCCCCAAGAUGCCCUCCGGCAGCAUAGAUGCUUCAACGGACACACAGGAAUUCUCUCUUCUUUCCCGUCGACACGUCAGUGCUGUAGGGGGGCAAAAUCUCCCGCAAGUGACACUGGGAGAGCAUAAUGACUGA